AUGUCUUUCCUCAACCCAAUUUUAAAGGUCCGAAAGGCUGUACAGGUAAAUCAAUUCUUAAAAACAUACAGUAAUCCCUAAGAUUUACGUAACUUUUUUGAUGACUAUAUUUUUGCAAUUUUUAGCCUGCUUUCCGUUGCCUUUCGACUGUAAAUGAAGUCUCCUUCCAAACCAAACCGUACAAGCUUCAUCGUUUGGAUUACGGACCAAAUGCAGAGACUGUUCUUACUCGGGAUGAGGCCAUCGAUUAUUACAAAGAGAUGCUGGUGCUGAGAAGAAUGGAAACUGCGGCUUCCAAUCUCUACAAGGAUAAGAAGAUCCGAGGAUUCUGCCAUCUCUAUAAUGGCCAAGAAGCUGUGGCCGUGGGAUUAACGGCAGCCAAACAUCACGAUGAUACCUUGAUUACUUCUUACAGAUGCCAUGGAUGGACUUAUCUGAUGGGAUCCACCAUCGCUGAAGUGCUUUGUGAAUUGACUGGUAAGUGGAUUACUAUGCACUGGAUUCCUGUUUGCAUUUCUAUUGUUGCAGGUCAUCUAAAUGUUUUCUAAAUUUAUACUAUUAUUAUAAUUUUAGGUCGUAUCUCCGGAAAUGUUUAUGGCAAAGGAGGUUCCAUGCACAUGUAUGAACGCAACUUCUUCGGUGGCAAUGGUAUUGUUGGAGCCCAGAUUCCUCUGGGAGCUGGCUUGGCCUUCGCUCAGAAGUAUCGAAACGAAAGAAGCGUCUGCUUUUCCUUAUACGGAGACGGUGCUGCCAAUCAAGGCCAGUUCUUUGAGACCGUGAACAUGGCUCAGCUCUGGAAGUUACCCUGUAUUUUCAUCUGUGAGAACAAUGGAUUUGCCAUGGGAACUUCGACUACUCGUGGCUCAGCCAACACUGAUUACUUUACUCGAGGAGAUUUUGUUCCAGGUGACUUGUACUCGAAAUGCGUAAUGAUCAUCGUAUUUUAGGAAUCUGGAUUGACGGUAUGGAUGUGCUGACUGUCAGAGAGGCCAUUCACUUUGCCCGUGAACACUGUAUCUCCGGAAAAGGUCCUCUGGUUUUGGAGUUGGCCACCUACAGAUACGUUGGCCACUCCAUGUCUGAUCCCGGAACAAGUUACCGUACUCGUGAAGAGGUUCAAGAAGUACGAAAACAUCGGGAUGCGAUUGUCGGUUUCAAAGACAAGAUCGUUACUGCUGGUUUGGCUACCGACGAGGAGUUGAAAGUAAUAGAACUUAUUGAGAAUAAUUUGGUUUGAUUUUAGAAAGUUGAGAAAGAUGUUCGCGUAGCUGUAGAUGACGCUGUCAAGCAGGCCAUUUCUGAUCCGGAACUCCCCAUGGAAGCUCUUUAUGCCGACAUCUUCAUUAAUACCGAACCUCAGAAGGUCAGAGGUUGCAUUGUUGAGGAAACCGUGGUCCAGCCCGAGCGAUAUACUGCUGAUAUUGUCAAGAAACUCGGAAGAACUCCAAAGGUUUAUCAGCAGUAA